AUGCGCUCUGCAUCGAUCAAACUAUUACGUCUGACAGAAAACUGUGGAGUGGUAGAUCAGCCUAUUAAUACGUCCGCCAUUCUAUGGUUCUUUUUGAAUCUAGCCACGUCGGACCUCGAAAUUCAAAAUGGUUGGAUAAGCCGCACCCGUCAUGGUCCAUUGGCCGACAGACUGUCCGCGAUGCGCCAAUUUGUCGCAACUAAUUCUUCAAUUCUUACGAAAUACCCAGUGCUUUUUACACAGCUUGCUGCAAAUUACGAGGCGAGUCCAUGGAUUCGCCAACUCGGAUUGUCGCAACUCCAGUCUGAGAUCGACUCGUCCGAUGUCAAUCGGUUCCAUUUCCUCGUAAGACGUCAAGCAGAGACCGAUGCCCGUGCGCUAAUGCCGCACACAAUUCAUCAACCUACAGAAGUAGCUACCGUAGUCGCCCUCAGUCCCGACAGUCAUGUACUGGUGUAUGGUACCAUAGCAGGCGCUAUUUCUGUGGUCGAUGCUAGCACACUGCGGGAAAUUCGUUCCUUCUAUGGCCAUGGAGGUGCAGUUCUCAGUCUGUGCUUCCUAGAGGACUACCGAACAGCGACGGCCGCCACUUACCGUAAAUCACAAUCCGAAUAUAGUUUGGCAAGCACUGCUCAAGACCAAACCGUCUGUUUGUGGCUCAUUCAGGGUUUGGGAAACACGGAAGAAAGCGUCGGUCGUCGAUUGAUAUCUUGGACUGGACCACAAAGGCGAGCCAUUACUUGUAGUGCCUGGCAUCCAGAUUUAGGUCUGCUCGCAACCGGUAGUUUGGAUUGCACAGUUGUAUUGUGGAAGCCACCACGUACGUUGCGGGAACUCAGCCCAAAGCAGACGGAAUCAGGCACGUCAGGGUCCUCACGUCCAUCUGAUUACAGAAUUUUAAGCACUCAAAAUAGUCCGGUCAGUUCCCUGGUAUUUCGGCUUCCAAACGAUGCUGCCUCACAACCACAAACUGAUUUGGCUGUGGGCUGCUGGGACGGAAAAGUGCGCAUUUUCGAUUUGACGGAACUACGAUUGAAGACGGUAAGUUUUCAACAGUUGAUGUUGAACCAUAUUUAUUCAAAACGAAAUUGA